CCCACGUCGUCGAAUCAGUCACCACCACAGAAGCCGUCGAGAUGGUCCGAUACGCCGCCCAAGAGAUUCAGCCCGCGAAAUCGGCCCGCGCCCGCGGUGCCUACCUCCGAGUUUCUUUUAAGAACACCCGCGAGACCGCCCAGGCCAUCAACGGCUGGAAGCUGCAGCGAGCUGUCCAGUUCCUCGAGAACGUCAAGGAGCACAAGGAGGCCGUCCCCAUGCGACGAUAUGCCGGUGGCACUGGCCGCACCGCCCAAGGCAAGCAGUUCGGCGUCACCCGCGCUCGCUGGCCCGUCAAGUCCGCCGAGUUCCUCCUCGGUCUCCUGAAGAACGCUGAGGCCAACGCCGAUGCCAAGGGCCUCGACACCGGUGCCCUCAUCGUCAAGCACAUCCAGGUCAACCAGGCCCCCAAGCAGCGAAGACGGACGUACCGUGCCCACGGUCGUAUCAACCCUUACAUGUCCAACCCCUGCCACAUCGAGCUCAUCCUGACCGAGGGUGAGGAGGUCGUCCAGAAGUCCGAGGAGGUUGCCGGCCGCGAGCAGCUCCGCCUGACCGCCCGCCAGCGCGCCGUCCGCGCCCGCAAGGCCAUCACCGCCGCGUAAAUUUCUUAAAUACCAAGGGAAAUGGUGAAACGGGCGUGUGUUUGUGCUUGGUGUGUGCGGGAAUAGAGAUGGUGCAGCAGCGGUUCUUUAUCUUUCUCCUUGGAACACUCUUGAGCAAAAACCGAGCUCGAGAGUUGUCUCCUUGGCAAAGGAAUAUGAAAGAAACGGACAAGAGGGUGAGGAUACAAGGGCGAGCAUGAAUAGAGAAAACAGUUCCCCCUGUUUUUCUUGUCUCCCUCUUUUUUUUGUUGUGUUGAUGAGAGGCAGGCAAAAAAAGGGAAAUCAUAUUUUCGUGGCUUUUUCAUCUCCUGGUGUAUGGCAGGCUACGGGGAAUGGAGGGUGUCCGUUGCAUGGCAAUCUUUUUCUAAAGGGAAUCCAAAAAACUUGCAAUGCAUAAAACCCAAUGAAAUGAAAUUCAAAAAC